AUCCAAAAAAUCUUCAAGAGCUAAUUGAAGACUUUGAAAUUAAAGAUGAAGAAAUUGAAGAAUUUAAAAAAUGGAUCAAAGAGAUUCCUUAUAAUUACCCAUUCUAUCCACAUGGUUUAAAAUACAAUGGUGAAUUACUUCUCUACUUGUUAAUACAUGGUUUCGAGAAGUUCUUUAAAGAAUUCUUCAGAAACUAUACUGAGUCAAAUCCUGAUAAAUUUACAAUGAAACAAAUUCUUCAAAAUAAAAACGAUGAAAUCUGGUUUCAAGAAGAUAAGAAUAAAAAUGAAUAUGAGAUAAGCAAAGAUUUACGAGUUUAUCUUGAUGAUACAAACUUUAAAGAAAUCAAUAAACUUGAUUCAAAAGAAG